AUGCCGGAGGCUUCGGGGUCGGGGGUAACCGACGAGUCGGAUUACUCAACUUUUGAAAACAAAAGCGGCCUCGCUGACGACAUGAAGUUUCUGGCAAGUAUGCCGGAACUUUGCGACGUAACCUUCCUCGUCGGCGACACAAGAGAGCCAGUUUGUGCCGUCAAGGCAGUUCUGGCCGCAAGAAGCAGAGUAUUUCACAAAAUGCUGUAUCAGGCACCGAGUCCUCAGCGAAAAAAAGAUCCACCGGCGCGCGAAAAUAAACUUAGGCUUUUCCUCAAGAGAAGCUCGGAGCCACUAUUAAAUCUUCAGAAUGCGGCGCAACAGCGGUCAGGCUUCACGCAGCAGCUGGCCCCCAUUCAAGAGCCACAAUCGAAUCAACAUCACACUCUGAUCAUCGAGGAAUUCGAACCGGAUGUUUUUCGUCAACUGAUUGAAUAUAUCCACACUGGAUGCGUCACGCUCCAGCCUAGGACUCUACUUGGAGUGAUGAACGCUGCUGAUUACUAUGGGUUAGAUGAACUUAGAAGAGCCUGUGCAGGUUUUGUGCAAUGCUGUAUUACUGUAGACACUGUAUGCGCACUCUUAGCAUCAGCUGAACGAUAUAUUCAAUACAAAUGUACGAAAUCACUUGUUCAAAAGGUUUUGGAAUUUGUUGAUGAACAUGGCAAUGAGGUUCUCAACUUAGGAUCCUUCACAUUAUUACCUCAGCAUGUAGUACGAUUAAUCUUAGCUAGAGAAGAAUUAAGAGCAGACGAGUUUACAAAAUUUCAGGCGGCCCUAAUGUGGAGCAAGAAAUACUGCGACACUAAUCAGCACACACCUCUCAAGGAAGUCAUUGGAAAUUUUCUUGAAUACAUCCAGUUCCACAAGAUACCUGCCAAUGUUUUAAUGCGCGAAGUUCAUCCACUUGCUCUAGUACCCUACAGUAUUAUCAUGAAUGCUUUGGCUUAUCAGGCAGACCCGACCAGUGUCGACCCCGGAAAGCUCUCCCCCCACAGAGUGAGAAGACACGGACGAAGUAUGUCGGUACAAUCGUCUUUGGAUCCGUAUGGCAGCAAUACGACUUUGAGCUCGAGCGGAAGUGACAUCGGCUCCGAUCAGAAACAAAAUUCUGGUAGCAACUAA